AGUCACUCCCCUCAGGCUUUGCCUCGGAGCUGCUAGGGCGGGGGUGGCUCCCUGGAGAGCCAGCUGAACCCUCACUCCACUAGGUGGCAUUUGACUUGCCAUCUAGGAGGGACAUAGUAACUGUGGAGAAGAGAGGUCAAGGUCAUAGGUUAUAUCCUCUUGCUCCCAGCUCUCGGAGGUAGAGCAGCUCUGAGGAGGCUCUGAGUAAGAUGGCUGUGAAUUUUAAUGACCCAACCUGUGGCUUCUUCCAGAAGGAAGUUGUGGAGUUCCUCAACAAGCAAAUCCUUCGAAAUGGAGUCAGCCCACAGUUCUACCUGAUGCAGAUGUGCGAGUCCUGGCGUGACUUGGAGAAAAAGCUGCGUGACAUCCUGACUGACUCGGCAGUGUCGGGGGCCAUGAAGGAAGCCUGCGCCUGGAGGACCCUGGCCCUGGCGGUGCGCAUGGCCGAGAAGCAGAAGCGCGAAGACACCCGGAAGGUGAGGAAACUCCAGGAUCAACUCCACGAGCAGAAGCUGUUCACUAACGUCUUGGUCGGCAUGGUGAACAAACUCAGGACGACACGAGAGAAGGAGAAGGAGAAGGCCCAGACCCAGCUUCAGGAAAACCUCGUGCUGCUCCGUGGGGUCGAAGCAGAGCGAAACACGCUCAGGAGCGAGCUGCUCAGGGUGCUGGGCACCCGGCCCCAAAGGCAGGAAGGGGCCGUGGGAGAGAGUUGGGACCAGCAGGCACAGACAUCAGGAGCGGCAGCAGCAGCAGAAACUGCAGGAGAAGGAGAAAGAGAAGAAGGAGAAGCAGAAGCCACAGCAGAUGCGGCGGCAGUUUCUGCCGUGAGGAAUCCCACACCCGACUGGAGGGGUAAGCACUCCCACUACAAGAAGUUCUCGCAGCAGCGGUUUAAGAGGGAGGCUGCCUUCUCCGGCUCGGCAGGUCGCAAUCCCCGGCGCCACGCCGGAGACUGGGAUUGCGACAGGUGUCAUUCAGUGAAUUUCUCGUGGCGAAAGAAGUGUUAUAAGUGUAAAAAAUUCCCGUACGCAGAGGAAGGUGAGGGCUCUUACCCUGGCAGGAAUGUCUCUGAAUUCUAACAAAUUUAUUUCCUGAUGCUCCCUUCUGAUUUAGAGAUGGAGCCAGAGCCUGGUUUUUUGUUGUUAUCACCGUUUUUUGAACAACAGGCAGAAAUUUAUUAGGGUGUAAGAUUGGAAAGGAAGAGUAGUAGGAGAGCUGUCUUUAUAGAGAUGGGGGCAUUCGCUUUAAGGGGCAUGUUGUUGAUUAGAUAUUAUGUCAACACAGAUAAAAAGGAAAAAAAGGUCAUCUUGACCCUUGCCAGCCCUUAACAUCUCACCUACCCGCUUCAGGCUCUGAGUGAGUUAUAAUAGUUAAAUAGUUCAAUCGUUUUCUUAGUUUUAGGUCUAUAGCUUGCUUUCAAACGUUCUUUCGCUGAUUCGAUAACAUUUGGGAAACACACGAACAAAGUAAAGAGAAUAAAAAUCACACAAAAUGCCAGCCCCUAGAAACAAUCCUCAGAACACAGUUUUGCCAGGCUUCCGUGGUUGUGCACAGAUGUACACAUGCACAAACACGUAUGUACGUGAGUGCAGAAACAUGCUGGUUUUUUUUUUUUUUCAAAAUGAAAUUAAACUGUGCUGAUAUCUCAGGAAACGUCUGUAAAGACAUGACAUUCAUUUAAAUAGGGGAAAUUGAGGGAUACGUGCGUGCACACAUGAAAUGCUAAUCCAGCCACCUGGGGACAAUACCCUCCAAAAUUGAGUUGCAUCAAUUUUCAACCCUUUUUACUUGUGUGUAUGUUGUUCUUGAAAUUAAUUUGUUCUUCUUAUUUCUAAAGUAAAACACUGAAAGUCAGAAACGGCGGAGAAGAAAAAGAAGAAAAUACCUCUUAAGCAUAAUCUCAUUAUUCAGAAAAUCAUUAUUCUUAUCUAGAUCCGUUUUAGUUUUAAAGAUGUUAAAUGUUCAAUGCUAUUAAAUGUUUAAUAGGUACGUUAAGCUAUACUUAUGCAUACAUAAUACAUAUAAAAAUUGAAAAGCUGCAUAUAUGUCACACAUCUUCCACUCCUACUUUCUUGAGGAUCGGUUAUGAUAGUUUUCGUUUGCAUUCCAAGUUCUUGAUUUCAUGCUCAGUUCAUUUGUUUUCGUCCAUUUCCCACAAUGUUUAAAGAUGAGAAAUUUCUGUCAAGUGUGAUGUGGUCCUUACAUCAGAAAAAGAGUAUGUAUUUAUAUAUGUGUGUGUCUAUACACAUAUAUCUGAUGCUGCUGAUUAAAAUGGUAAAAAUUGAGAGGGAAGAAUUUUACUAUGCAAAUUUUUGAAACGUGUUUUCGGACUACAUCUCCGCAAUCACCACGGGCUGCAAACUUGGGAGAACAGGCAUGGGGUCGUUUCAUCCAUGCCAAGAUUAGGACAUUUGCACUAAAUUUUUCUGUGGCAAUAACUUUCUGAAUCGCCUGUGUUUAUGUUAAUAUGGAACAAAAAGUUUUGACACCUGGAAAAAUGGCCCCAACUGUAUUUUUGUAGGGAGUGCUUCAUGUAAACUGAAUGUGUGAUAUUAAUUAGAAUAUACUGUAAGCCACGUUGUGCAUUUGAAGACAUUAAUGUAGUGAAAAAUGUAUAAGAACCUAUGGAAUUAAUCCACAUGAAUGUACUGUUUGUAAUAGUAAGAACAUGUUUUCUAUUGAUUUUUGAUAUUGUGUUUUCGGAUAUUUUAGGUUGCUUUGAGGGGCUUUAAGGUAAUGUAAUGUUCUGGUCAUGGGUCAAGCGUGUCUAUGUGUAAGAACCACCGAAACUUUAAUGGGUACCGCUCAAAAUUAUAUGUGGGGCAGCAAUUAGAAUGGAAGAACACUACUGAAAGUGAUAAGGGGGAAAAUACCUAUAUUCAAAAUUAGAGACUUAAAUUCAAAAAUCGAGGUCCUCAUUUUGGCUCACGAAAACGAGAAUCAGAAAGAUUUUUAGAAGGGCCUUGGAAGGCAGUAUUAUUUUGUUUCCUUUCGUUCUGUUUUCGGUUCGUAGAUUUCCAAUAGUGUUAGGGGACUCUAUCUGGGGCACUAAAUGACCUAUGCUUUUAGAAUCUCUGCUCUUCCCUGAGAGGUAGGAUGUCCAGAUAAAAUACAAGAUGCUCAGUUAAAUGUGAAUUUCAGAUAAACGACAUAUUUUCUUUUUGUUUACGUCCGUACAUGAAAUUGGCAUGUAUUUUUUUUUUUUUUUUUUUUUUUUUGGUAACUCUCGACAAAGCCCCCCCGGAGCGAGAUUGGCUUUUACUUUCCUUUUCAAGUAAAAAUGGUACAGGCUCUUCUAGCAGAGAGGAACAUUCGGACCUUUACAAUUUGGACGCGAUUUCCGGAUCCAGGGAUGGAGAACCAGCAAGAAGAAAAGAAAACGGAAACUUUGAAAACAUCAACAGUGAAGGUGGAGUGAGUGUGUGAGUUGGGUAUGGCAAUAUAUAGCAUGAUAUGGCAAUCCCGAUUAGUGAAAAGAGACUGGGAACAGGGAAUUUGGAGAUAAAUUGGAAAUAUGCGCUCUUGCCCUGGAAGUCUCUUGCUGUCCCUGCGACAGCCUAAACAAUCUCUUAAGUGAGCCGUCCCCUACCCCUGCCCCCCUC